CACCUCUGGGGAACACACAGAUUGAGUGUUCCCGAUAAUCUUAUUCCCAGUGCCGCCUGACAUCCGGCCGGGUGGGCUGUGUCUCUGGACUUCUGGGACACUGGCUGGGCUCUGGGGACAGCCUUCAGGACCUACCUGUCUGCAGGAUGAAGCUGGCCACCAGCUUCGUGGUCCUGUGGCUCAGCUUGAGGGGAGCCUUGGCUCAAAGGGACCCUGGCCCUGAAGCUGAGGAAUCGUACUCCGACUGGGGCCUCCGGCACCUGCGGGGCAGCUUUGAAUCCGUCAACAGCUACUUUGAUUCCUUCCUGGAGCUUCUGGGAGGGAAAAAUGGAAUCUGUCAAUACCGUUGCCGAUAUGGAAAGGCACCGAUGCCCAGACCUGGCUAUAAACCUCAGGAGCCCAACGGCUGCAGCUCCUACUUCCUAGGUCUCAAGAUGGACCUGGGCAUUCCAGCAAUGACCAAGUGUUGCAACCAGCUAGACGUUUGCUACGACACAUGUGGGGCCAACAAGUAUCGCUGUGAUGCGAAAUUCCGAUGGUGCCUCCACUCCAUCUGCUCAGACCUUAAGCGGAGCCUGGGCUUCGUCUCCAAUGUGGAAGUAGCCUGUGAUUCUCUGGCUGACACUGUGUUCAAUACUGUAUGGACCUUGGGCUGCCGGCCCUUUAUGAACAGUCAACGGGCAUCUUGUAUCUGUGCAGAAGAGGAGAAAGAAGAAUUAUGAGGAUGAGGUAGAUCCGCAGCGGUGAGCCUCAGAGAUGGAGCGGAGCAGAUGUAUGUCAUCCUUUCUUCCACCAGUAUGGGUGACACAAAGCAGAAGGAAAACAGUGAGUCCUGUCCUUUGAGAGAGACGCAGAGAGACGCAGAGAGAGCGAAGCCAGCAUCGCUCCAACACUGUUCUUCUCAACCAAGACACAUUCACCUGGAAAUUCAAUUCUUAGCAUAAAGACCACACUACAAGCAAACCCUGUGUUUCCUGGAACUGAUCAUUAUACUCAUAAGCGAAAUUGUCAGGAGUCCAACCCUUUGGGAGGCAGUGACUUUCCUUUGGCCUGGUUUCCUCAGUUGCCAGUGAGCACCUCACAUUUAAUAAAGUGUACUUUUUAAAAAAUGUGAGCAGAGAUGCGUGGAUUCCAUUACCACCCGUGUUUCCAUUUCACUUAAAAGAGAACAGAAGCCAACUGGUGAGUUCUACUAUGGAUGGCUCUCCUUAAACGAAGAGCCUUUGGCCCUACCUUCCGGUAUUGUUAUGUACAGAACUGGCUAGGACAUUUCUUUAUCUUCUCAGUUGGAUUUAAGCAACGCAAAUGGAUCCAGCCGAGGUGCUGAUGGGUAGUUUUUGAAGCAAUGUGACAGGUCAGUGAUGCCCCCACCUACAGCUCCCAAGUAACAUGUGUAAGCUAGGCUGAGUGAAGCCACACAGUCGGCUGAGAAUGAGCCUCACCAGAAGAGGAUAUGACUUCUCAGGGCAUGGGCUACACAUCACAACUGAAGCACCGAUCCCUAAACACUAGUCACUGCCCCAAUCUGGGAUGUGCAGAUUACUUUU